GGAGAGCUAAAAGGUUAAAACGACAAGCAUCGUCGUGUAUGCGACUAACCAAACACAACCUCAGAUCGGAUCCCCCAAAAAUGUCUUCUCUCCGCCGUAUCACCGCGGCGCCGUCGCAGGCGGCGGCGCUGGAUUACCAGGACCCGCAGUCGCACCCCUUCCACUGGCACUACUCCGAGUUCGACGACAGUAACUUCCAAAUCCGCGGCCGCACGCUCUUCUUCAUCGUCGUCCUCUUCGCCAUCAUCCUCUUAAUCACCUUCGUUGUCCUCUACGCGCGCUGGGUCUGCCGCUUCCGCCCCCGCCCGAUUCAGUCCGCCCACGCGCCGCAGCUCGUCCCGCCGCCGCCGCCGCGCGGCCUCGAUCCCUGCGUCAUCGACGGCAUCCCGAUCACGCUCCACCGCUCCUCCGGAAACGGCGGCGGAGAAGCGGAGUGCUGCAUCUGUCUCGGGAUUUUUCAGGACGGCGAUAAGGUUAAGUCUCUUCCUCAGUGCCGCCACUGCUUUCACUCCGAGUGUGUCGAUAAGUGGCUCAGAACUCAGUCGAAUUGCCCUCUGUGUCGCACUUCCCUCCGGUUCGACUCACCUGUGUGACUCACUCCCAUCCGAGUUUACUCUAAGCAGUAAGCUCCUUUAAUUUCGUCUUUUUGUUUUCAAUUAGAAAAAAAAAAA